AAAAGUUGAACGAAUCAGUGAAAUGGGUCACAGCCUUGCCGCAGAUUUGUUUUAGGCUCUUUUCAAAUGUUACGCUUACUAAAACAGUGUUUUUAUUUUGAAGUCCACGGCGUCGAUGUUUUUUAUCAGUUUUCAUCUGCGAUCUUCACGAUGAGCGUAAAAACCGGUGCCAACGUUUGUCCUACGACCGAGGAACGGUCCGGAAGCGUUCGUGAAGUCGGUUCCCAAGCGGUAUGGAGCUUGUCCUCCUGUAAACCGGGUUUCGGCGUCGAGCAGCUGCGGGACAAUUCGAUGGAAACGUACUGGCAAUCCGACGGUCAGUUGCCCCAUUUGGUGAAUAUCCAAUUCCCCCGGAAGACGACGGUAAGUCAAAUCUACAUCUAUUCCGAUUACAAACUGGACGAAAGCUACACCCCGAGCCGGAUAUCGAUCCGUUGCGGUACCCAUUUCAACGACCUGCAGGAGGUCGAAGUGGUGGAUCUGUGUGAACCGUCCGGCUGGGUGUGCAUCCCGAUCAAGGAGGUGCGGGACAUUCCGAUGAGGACGUUUAUGAUCCAGAUUGCGGUGAUCAGUAAUCACCAGAAUGGGCGCGAUACUCACAUGCGGCAAAUUAGGGUUCAUUCGCCAACGGAGGGGACAACCUAUCCGCUGGAACAGUUUGGGCCUUUUAGUACGAUUGAGUUUCAACAGUUUCGUACAAUACGGUAGAAUAGAUGGCUGAGUAUUUAUCACAGCAGAACUUA